UCUCCAUCACUCCAGCCGGCCGCCCGCGCGCCCGCCGCCUCCUCCGUGCGCCCACCCAGCCUCGCCCGUGUCGCCCGUCGCCGUCGCCGCCACCAUGAGCCAGGCCUACUCGUCCAGCCAGCGCGUGUCCUCCUACCGCCGCACCUUCGGCGGGGCUCCGGGCUUCUCGCUGGGCUCCCCGCUCAGCUCGCCCGUGUUCCCGCGCGCGGGCUUCGGUUCCAAGGGCUCUUCGAGCUCGGUGACGUCGCGUGUGUACCAAGUGUCGCGCACGUCGGGCGGGGCUGGGGGCCUGGGGUCGCUGCGGGCCAGCCGGCUGGGAACCACGAGGGCGCCCUCGUACGGCGCGGGCGAGCUUCUGGACUUCUCGCUGGCCGACGCCGUGAACCAGGAGUUCCUGGCCACCCGUACCAACGAGAAGGUAGAACUACAGGAGCUCAAUGACCGCUUCGCCAACUACAUCGAGAAGGUGCGCUUCCUGGAGCAGCAGAACGCGGCGCUCGCUGCCGAGGUGAACCGGCUCAAGGGCAGGGAGCCCACGCGCGUCGCCGAGCUGUACGAGGAGGAGAUGCGUGAGUUGCGGCGCCAGGUGGAGGUGCUCACCAAUCAGCGGGCACGCGUCGACGUGGAGCGUGACAACCUCCUCGACGACCUGCAGCGGCUCAAGGCCAAGCUGCAGGAGGAGAUCCAGCUGAAAGAAGAGGCUGAGAACAACCUGGCUGCCUUCCGAGCGGAUGUAGACGCAGCCACACUAGCUCGCAUUGACCUGGAGCGCAGAAUCGAAUCCCUCAACGAGGAGAUCGCGUUCCUUAAGAAAGUACACGAGGAGGAGAUCCGCGAGUUGCAGGCCCAGCUUCAGGAACAGCAGGUACAGGUGGAGAUGGACAUGUCCAAGCCGGACCUCACAGCUGCCCUCAGAGACAUCCGGGCUCAGUACGAGAGCAUCGCGGCUAAGAACAUUUCUGAAGCCGAGGAGUGGUACAAGUCCAAGGUGUCUGACCUGACCCAGGCUGCCAACAAGAACAACGACGCCCUGCGCCAGGCCAAGCAGGAGAUGAUGGAGUACCGGCACCAGAUCCAGUCCUACACCUGCGAGAUCGAUGCCCUUAAGGGCACUAACGACUCCCUGAUGCGGCAGAUGCGGGAGAUGGAGGACCGCUUUGCCAGCGAGGCCAGCGGCUACCAGGACAACAUCGCUCGCCUGGAGGAGGAGAUCCGGCACCUCAAGGAUGAGAUGGCCCGCCACCUGCGCGAGUACCAGGACCUGCUCAAUGUCAAGAUGGCCCUGGAUGUGGAGAUCGCAACCUACAGGAAGCUGCUGGAGGGCGAGGAGAGCCGGAUCAACCUUCCCAUUCAGACCUAUUCUGCUCUCAACUUCCGAGAAACCAGCCCGGAGCAAAGAGGCUCUGAGAUCCAUACCAAGAAGACUGUGAUGAUCAAGACCAUUGAGACCCGGGAUGGAGAGGUUGUUAGCGAGGCCACACAGCAGCAGCACGAGGUGCUGUAAAGCCAGAGAGCCCCGGAGACCGUCCUCGCCCCUGUCCUCACUGCCUCCCGAAGCCUGCCUCCUUCUAUCCAGGACACCGCACCCAAGCCACCUGCCCCCCCAUCACAGCCCCUGACCCUGCCUCACCAACCCUCCCUCAUGAUUCCCCAACAGGGAACAUGGCAUGGCCCUGUCCAGCUACAGGGGGCAUCCCAGACACCUGCCUCGAGUCCUGGCUGUUACAAGUGGGUGAACGUGACCUGGGGCCGUGACCCUGCCCCUCCCGCCUCCUAGAGCGCAGGCUCCAGUCUCUGGCUUUGGAGAGAAGCCCCAGAGUGCAAGUGUUGAGACCCAGCAGGGUCAGGGUGGAGCCCCGGGGCUCUCAUCAUCCUUGAGCCUGGGCUGGAAAGCACAAGGACAGCCUCAUGAACACCGUGGGCAGGUGGCAAGGAGACUGCCCCCCUGUUGGAGACAAGAGGGACUGUCAAACACAGUCCCCUUCCCUUCCUCUCCCCAGCUCAGGGAGGACAUAGAAAGCAGGGGCUGCAAGAGGGAACCCCCGCAGGUGCCGCAUGUGGGAGCAGGAGAAUCCGAAGGAGAGAGGGUGGGUGAGAUGCUGCAGAGGAGAGAGGCAGAGAGUGGUCUCAGGCUGGCGUCCGGGGUGCCCACCUCCCCCCAUGCCCGCCCCUCUCGCUGCAGGGCGACGGACAGAAACAAUAAAGACAUAAGCACAAA